AUGGGUUCAACAGCGCCUCAAGUGCAAAUCAUCGACAAAUCGGAUCAUACAAAACAGUAUGUCGUCACUCUCAGUGAUGCGUACCCCCUACCGUCUUUAGCAAAGGGCAACAUUCGCAUCCGCAGCCGUCUUAUCUCUCUCACUACCAACAACUUCACUUAUGCUCGGCUGGGUCAUGUUCUGGGCUGGUGGAAUGUCUGGCCCGCAAUCCCAUCACUACCAGCGCCGUACGAUGACUCUUCCAAGUACGGUCGCAUCUCGGCUUGGGGCUAUUGUGAGGUAACUGAGAGCCAGAACGACAAGAUUCCUGUUGGGACUCAGCUAUACGGCUACCUCCCCAUUGGAGACUACCCGGAGAUCCUUCAGGUGGCUGUAGAUGAUGAGACUGGUCAUGUUUUGGAGACUACAGAGCGAAGAGCCGGACUUAUGCAUAUAUAUAACCGCUAUCUGCCGUCUCCUCCAGGGGUUGACCCAUUAUCAGCAGACAGGUCAUCCGCGGCGUGGGACUCGGUUGCGCGGCCUCUGGUCGAGACCAGUUACUUGCUGAACCGCUAUGCUUUUGGCUGGGACAAGACAAAGCUUGUCCAUCCAUCGGGUGCUCCAGUACCAUGGACCUCCGAAGACGCAGAUUUGGCAGACGCCGUGGUGGUCUUCUUCGGGGCAUCUGGCAAAACUGCUCUUGGCCUCGCCCACCAGCUCCGCCGAGCAAGGCCUGCUGAACACCAGCCUCGCAAGCUCGUGGCCGUGGGAUCGGCCAAAUCACGAGACUUCACCGAGGGAACUGGUCUGUUUAGCGACGUGUUGCUGUACGAGGAAGUUUCUGGCGGAUCCAGUGCCAACGUUGUCGCCAAGCUGGGGAUCGAUGCCAACACCAAGGUGCUACUGGCCAACUUUGGUGGGCGAGGCACAGCUGAUCAAGAGCUGCAUACUGCCGUGACUCGCGUGUCCAAGAGCGUUGUCACACUCAUGGUGGGCGGCGAUCCGACAGGCAAUGGGUCUGGAUUUGGCAGCAUGCCGAGCGGUGCCGUUGUAUGCAGUGCUUCUGACCUGCGAGAUGCCGCUCUGAAGAUUGAUGGAGCAACGGCAUACUUUGAGAAUUCAGCGCGCGAAUGGAGUCAAUUCAAGGAAGAUGUGGCAGCCAAAGCGAUGAAACUGCAAUGGGGCAAAGGAUUACAGGAAUAUUCACAAGGCUGGGACACGCUGUGCAGUGGGAGCGUCGACCCAACUCUCGGUUUAGUGUAUGAGAUUUAG